CCUCGUGCUGCUGAGUCCGCUGUGAAGAUUCCCAGGACGGAGAUGCUGCUGGACGUUAGGGCUUGUGACUCCGCUCUGUAGGAGCGCCUGCCUGACUCUUGGAACCCCUUCCCACUGGCUAGCAACGAUUCACUGUCUCUACCCCAGCCUCGCCAGUCGUGCCGGGCUCCGCUGAUGACCCCUCCUGUUCUCCGACUUUGAGAGGAGUGUCUCCCCACCAACCCAACCGCCCAGAUGCAGUUUCGCCUCUUCUCUUUUGCCCUGAUCAUCCUGAACUGCAUGGAUUACGGUCACUGCCAAGCCAACCGCUGGAGACGCAGUAAGCGAGCUAGCUACGUAUCAAAUCCAAUUUGCAAAGGUUGUUUGUCUUGUUCAAAGGAUAAUGGAUGCAGCAGGUGCCAACAAAAGUUAUUCUUCUUUCUUCGAAGAGAAGGGAUGAGGCAAUAUGGAGAGUGCUUACAUUCAUGCCCAUCAGGGUACUAUGGACAUAGAGCACCAGACAUGAACAGAUGUGCAAGAUGCAGAAUAGAAAACUGUGACUCUUGCUUUAGCAAAGACUUUUGUACAAAGUGCAAAGCGGGCUUUUACUUGCAUAGAGGCCGCUGCUUUCAUGAAUGUCCUGAUGGUUUUGCAUCAUUAGAUGAGACCAUGGAAUGCGUGGAAGGAUGUGAAGUGGGUCCCUGGAGUGAGUGGGGAACUUGUAGCAGAAACAACCGAACAUGUGGAUUUAAAUGGGGUCUGGAAACAAGAACACGACAAAUUGUUAAGAAGCCUGCAAAAGACACAAUACCAUGUCCAACCAUUGCUGAAUCUAGAAGGUGUAAAAUGGCCAUGAGGCAUUGUCCAGGAGGGAAGAGAACUCCAAAGACGAAGGACAAGAGGAACAAGAAGAAGAAAAGGAAGUUAAUAGAAAGAGCCCAGGAGCAGCACAGCGUCUUCCUUGCUACAGACAGAGCAAACCAGUAA